AUGAAAUCCGCCGUCAACACUCAACAAAAGAUAGGCCAAUCCCCGGCCGGCGCGGCUGACUUUAUGGACCCUAAUGAUCUGAGGACUCAAUUUGCGAUGGCAAUGUCAGCAAUGUAUCAGCAAGAAGUCCCGCUAUAUGGAAACUUACUCGAUAUUGUGCGCCAUGUCAAUCAAGAUGUCCUCCGCAGAAAAGAAAAAGACCUCGCCGUCGACACGGUCGCUAUCAGGGCAAGCACGGAGAGGCUCACGCUUGAACGUCAUGGUGCCAUUAGGCUAGGCACACCCUACGAGCUUCGGACAGUGAAGCGCAUCUUUGCGGUUCUAGGGAUGUACCCGGUCGGGUACUACGAUUUAUCCGUCGCCGGCUUGCCGAUGCAUGCCACGUGCUUUCGCCCUACGAGCGUACAGAGCCUUCAUCGGAACCCGUUCCGAGUCUUCACUACCCUGCUCCGCCCAGAUCUCCUCGCCGACGAAGAUGCGCGCCAGCUAUCGGGGAAGCUGCUCCAGAGAAGAAACAUAUUCACGGCCGAGCUCCUUGAAGUUCUAGACACUGCCGAGUCCCAGAAUAGUAGGCUCACAGAAGAGCAGGCUGCCGUUUUCAUUUCCGAAGCCUUGCGAACUUUCAGUUGGCAGGCGGUGGCUGCCGCCACGUUCGACCAGUUCAACAUUUUGAAGGCCGAGCAUCCUAUCUUGGCCGACAUUGCAUCUUUCCAGAGCGCGCACAUCAACCACCUCACCCCCCGAACCUUGGACAUUUCGGCUGUUCAGACUGCUAUGGGGGAGGCCGGCAUGGCUGUCAAGGCACGCAUCGAAGGGCCGCCCAUUCGCAAGUGUCCGAUUCUUCUGCGCCAGACUAGUUUUCUGGCCCUUGAAGAAUACGUCCACUUCAGAAGAAGCGACAGUUCCGGCCUGGUCUUCGCUUCUGACACUGAGGCCGGACUGGUCAAGGCCGGCCAUACGGCUCGCUUUGGGGAGGUUGAGGAGCGGGGCGCCGCCGUCACGGAUCGGGGACAGGUACUUUACGAACGACUACUGCGAGAAACAAUGGAGAUGACGGCGAAUGCUGGCCCUGAAGAGGCUGAUGGACUCGCAAAAGAUGUCUUCAAGCAAUAUCCUGAUACUUGGACUGAACUGAGGAAAGAGAGACUGAUACAUUGCGAAUACGUCUGCGUCAGAAAAGUGCCCCCGAACGAGGCCGGGCGGCAACUCGAUGAACUCACUCUUGAGCGCCUCAUUUCACAGGGUGUUAUAGAAGCACGCCCGAUCACUUAUGAAGAUUUCCUCCCGUUUUCGGCGGCUGGGAUUUUCCAGUCCAACAUUCAGUCUCGGGACAAAGAUGGACGACCGCUGCAGAUGAAGCAUCCCAAGCCGGACUUCCCCGGUCUCGUGGAAGCACUGGGGGAGGAUCCAGUGAAUAUUCAAAAAUGGUACUCUGUCAUCCAGAAUCGGAGCCUAAAGGCCGUGGCGGAGAAGCUGGGGAUGACCGCGGCGUGGCCUUGUUGA